AGCCCCUGGAGCAGCGCGCACGGCCUGGGCCAUGCUGGACUUCGCGAUCUUCGCCGUUACCUUCCUGCUCAUCCUGGUGGGGGCCGUGCUCUACCUGUACCCGGCUUCUAGACAAGCUUCAGGUAUCCCAGGGAUGACUCCAACAGAUGAAAAAGAUGGGAACUUGCCAGACAUUGUAACCAGUGGCAGCCUGCAUGAGUUCCUGGUGAAUCUGCAUGAGAAGUACGGCCCUGUUGUCUCUUUCUGGUUUGGAAGACGCCUUGUGGUCAGCGUGGGGUCCGUUGAUCUCCUAAAACAACACAUUAACCCCAACAGGACAUCGGAUCCCUUUGAAAUGAUGCUAAAGUCCCUGUUGAGGUACCAGUCUGGACUCAGUGGGGAUGCGGGGGAGAGUCACCUGAGGAAAAAGCUGUAUGAAAACGGUGUGACCAAGUCCCUGCAGAGUAAUUUUGCUGUCAUCCAGAAGCUGUCUGAAGAGUUGCUAGCAAAAUGGCUGUCUUUUCCUGAGUCUCAACAUGUGCCCCUUUGCCAACACAUGCUGGGCUUUGCCAUGAAGUCUGUCACACAGACAGCAAUGGGCAGUAGCUUUGAAGAUGACCGGGAAGUAAUUCAAUUUCGCAGGAACCAUGAUGCGAUCUGGGCAGAAAUUGGAAAGGGUUUCUUGGAUGGGUCACUUGACAAAAGUAUGACCAGGAAAAAGCUAUAUGAAGAUGCUCUGAUGGAGAUGGAAUCCGUCUUAAAGAAAGUCACAAAGGAGCGGCGGGGCAGGAGCUUCAACCGACACGUCUUCAUAGACUCCUUGCAGGGGAACCUGAGUGACAAGCAGAUCCUGGAAGACACGAUGAUAUUCUCUCUGGCAGGGUGUGUAAUCACGGCUAACCUGUGCACCUGGGCAGUCUAUUUCCUGACAACAUCAGAAGAAGUCCAGCAGAACCUCUACAAGGAGGUGGACCGAGUUCUCGGAAAGGGCCCACUUACACAUGAGAAAAUUGAGCAGCUCAGGUACUGCCGGCAGGUCCUGUGUGAGACGGUGCGGACAGCAAAGCUUACGCCAAUUGCUGCACGGCUGCAGGAGCUGGAGGGAAGAAUUGACCAGCAUAUUAUCCCCAAAGAGACUCUUGUGCUUUACGCUCUGGGUGUGGUGCUUCAGGACAGUUCAGCUUGGGCCUCACCCUAUAAAUUUGAUCCAGACAGAUUCAAUGACGAAUCCGCUAUGAAAAACUUUUCCCUACUGGGCUUUUCGGGAAGUCAGGAGUGCCCAGAGUUGAGGUUUGCCUAUAUGGUGGCUACAGUGCUGCUGAGUAUGUUGGUAAGGAAAUUAUAUCUGCAUCCCGUGAAAGGGCAGGUCAUGGAGACCAAAUAUGAGCUGGUAACCUCGCCAAAGGAAGAAGCAUGGAUAACUGUAUCCAAGAGAAGCUGAGUGAACAAAGCCAGGAGUGAGUGAGAGAGAGAGUGCCUCAGAGAGGAACCCUCCUGCAUCAUGCUGAACUGGUCAAGGGUUUAAUGUCACUGUUUCAUUACCUUCCAUGUUCUUAACCCAGCAGCCUCUUGGUAUUUUUUGUAAAGCAAAAAAAUUGUCAUAUUAAAGUAGAUU